AUGGCUUGCACAAUCGACUUCCGCUGCCUAGACAAACGCUUCGGCGGCAAAACCUGCAAGCGCAAGCAGAACCCUGAAGCCGCCGCUGACGACCAAGAUGCCGCCAUGGAAAUCGACGACACCUACCCACCUCCGGCGAAGCGAUCUGUGGUGUCCUUCUCGGACAAUCCGGACAAACCAGUCGUGAUCGCCGGGAAGGUCUCCGAGCGAAAGUGGAAGCAGCCGAGGAAGCAGAGGUCGUCGGUGGUUCAGGUGAGUCGGAAGGGGACGACGUUCGAGGAGAGGGAGAAGAACAAGUCGGUGAAGAAGGCAUACAAGGAGAGAAUGGCGGAGCUAAAGGGGGAGAUUAAGAAGAACAAGGAGGAGAAGAGGAGGAAGAGGGAGGAAAGGGAGAAGAAGAAGAAGGAGAAUAUUCUUCCGGAGGAGAUGAUCAAGAGGAACAAUACGUAA